AUGACUUCGAUACUGGCCGUUGAUACAAUCGCCGCCGCCGGCUUUAGAGAUACGGAUCUCAGCAGGUUGAUGGAACCAGACCUUCCUGCGCUGCCUCACCCUCGAGCCCUAUUGAGACCCGAAGACGCAGGGCGAACAAGCCGGGCUGGUCGGCUUGAAGAUAUCGAGACACCUCGAGCUGUGAGCGAGAACGCGAGAGUCAAUGGAGACCAGCCAGAUAUUAUACAGGCUUUGGAUGAAUCCCCUCCACGAGUUGACGAAAGGCAGAAUGGCCAGAGCACCAAGAACGAAUCUGCCUUGCUUUCUCUAGAAGAUACUACAGAACUGUUCCGGAAGAAGGUUGCCGAUGCAAGGCAAGAUACAGAACACGCCCUCGCGGGCAAUGAAGCAGUCAGUGAAGCAGUAAAACCAAAACUCACUCUGGACAUGGGCCACUCGAAUAUUGCAAGAUUACCGGAGAGUGUCGUUGAUCUAAUCAAGGCAGAAGUGGAGAGAUUGUCCUUGUCGCACAAUCAGAUCUGGCACAUUCCUCUGCGCUUUUCCGAGUGUACACACCUACGGUACCUCAACAUCCGCUCGAAUGUGUUCCGCGAGAUUCCAAGAGGUGUCUACAAGUUGCAUCAACUUGAAAUCCUGGACAUCAGCCGGAACAAAGUAAGAAAAAUAUCUGGCGAUAUCAAAAAUCUGAAAUCUUUGAGGGUAUUUUCGAUGGUCCACAACAGGGUUGAGGACUUACCGAUGGAACUAUGCGAGAUGACGAAACUGCAAAUAUUGAAAAUUGCAGAGAACCCCCUGCGUUUUAAGUUAAAAAAGAUCGUGGAGGCAAAGGAGUCAGAGGUGUCGUUCUCGGAAAUGACUGAUCACGAGCGGGAAACGGCCAUCACCCUCGAAAUCAAGAGAUACCUACGGGAUUCCCAUCCAGUAAUUGCACCCAUCGACGUCGAAACAUCACUGGAACUCGACGAAAGCCCAAUGGAAACACCCAAACCUCUUAAAAGAGUGCUGAGCAGCAGAUUUCCCGUCAUUCCCAGUACGAACAAUAUUGACUCUGGUUCAGAAGGAAAUAAAUCCUCCCCAAUCCAACCUAACCCACCCCCAAUACCUUCCCGUUCGCACUACCGCGUUGCGUCAGGGCAAUCCGGACAGCAGAUACUAGGCCUUCGUAGGCCCGGAAUUGCACCUUUGGUCAAUCAGAACAGCAAUGACAGGGAUCGAAGCAACAGUGAGAGCGUCCUACAAGCAACAGCAGCUGUUCGCCAGAAAAGGAUGGGGAUGUUGCGUCGGGAAAGAGAAAGGCCAGAACUGGACAGCAUUGAUGAGUUGAAAGUCAAUCGAAACAGCCAUCUCCGAGGUUUCAGUCACGGCUCCGUUCUUAAACGGAACGGUGCUUUAUCAUCACCGGGUGGGGCAAGUUCAUCAAGCCCCAACAGCCCUAGGGAUGCAAGAAGACAUAGACUUGCAUUCGUGAAACGACUGUCAAGUCUGCCCGAACACAAAGUUGAGAAUGAAUGGAACAAUCCCGUGAUCGACGGUGCAAAAGGCAUUCUAUACGCUUUGUAUCAAGUUCAUCCACAAAUAUCUGGCCUGAUUGCUGCUGUUAGAGGCAAAGAAUCUCAAAGGCGAAGUACUCUGGAAUUUACCUUCUUCAAUGCUUCCACGCAUGUUGACCGCCUAAAUGAAGCUCUAGAGCGAGCGGACCUGGUUGACAUGGAGGAUGAGGACGCAGUUGAAAAGAUCGAAACUACUAUCCGCCAAGACUGUGCAACCUGCAUCAUGGCUUACACCCAUGUAACGGCCCAGUUGCAAGACAAUGUUAAGAAGAUCGUGGCUGGAAGUGAUGUUCGAUACGUCCGGACUCUGAUGCUUCUUCUUUAUGGCAGCAUGGUUGAAGUUAGGAAUGCAAUCCAGAGCUUCGGAGCCGAUAUUCAGGUUACACAAGGUCUCGGACAAACGAAGCAGAUAUCCAGUGGAGGCAACAGCAACUUCCAGACCAUUCCCGAAGAAUACAGCACCCCUCAGAAACCUGUUCGAGCAGUUACACCUACCCGAGACAAGAGCCGGCCCGUCAGGCAAGGUCCGAGAUUGCGCAGCGAUACAGCCAUUCAACAUCCCAUACUUGAUAUCAACUCUACAACACAACCGCCUGCUGUACCACCAGUGGUCACGAAACAGCUUGAGACACCUAUACACCUGUCAGAUACUACAUUCAAUGGGAGUCUUAAUACUGGCACCUCAUCGACCUUUUCAAGUAAUGGAAACACUUUGACAUCCACCUCGAGUACCGGGUACAGAUCAAGGUCAAGCUCUCGGACAGCCAUGAUUAACGGCUCUUCGUAUUCAUCUGUUGCCAGUACGCCCCGUUCCGGCGAAGUCUUCAAUCUCCCACCCAGCAGCGUGUAUUCGACUCGUGUCAAUCCGGCCACCGGACUUACUGACGCGCAGGAGGAAACGGUGUUCGAGCAAAUCUUCCUCGCACUGACUCGAGCCUACGAUGCAGCUCUCCACACCAUACCGAUUGCAAAAGCACAAUUCCUUCGCUGUCUAGAAGCUGCUGAGGAAAAUCGCCAGCCAAAGGCUGUUCACGAUCUUUGGUCUACACUGGUAUAUCGGAGCAAGCAGUGCAUCGAUGUUUGCGAAGCCCUUCAAAUUAGGCUCGUCAACAUGCGUUUGACGGAUCCCAAUGCGCACAUGAUGAGUGGUGGACGAAAUGACCCUUCUCUGUGGCUAUUGUGCAAGAAUUUCUUGAUGAAUUUCAUUGACCUUCUAACCGAAAUGAGGGAGGCAAAGUCCCUCCGACUGCUAUCUCAGGAGCUUAUUACGAUGCUUCGUCCGGUCCAGAAAGCCAGCAGAGAGGCUGGGCGUCUGAUUGAGUCAAGCCCAUGGCGUUAUCUUACUGAUAACGCAACAUCUGCUAUGCCUGGUCCGACGGCCUUUGUUCCAAAUACGAACCAGUCUCCAUCAGCAAGCGCCAAUGGCAAUGGCUACACUAAUGGUGUCAACGGUCAUCACAUUAAUGGCGCAAAUUCCGGAUAUCCUUCUUCAGUCGCUUCGGGUCACUCGAAUACCAGCCCAUACCCGCCUCCGCUCCUCCCAGUGCCGCCACUUCCCAAUUCAUCCUUGACACCCAACACAGCCACGAAACAGAUGUUCAAUGGAUACAUUGUUCCGUUCAACCACUCUUCUUACGGUACCAGUCCUGUGUCGGUUCCUCUUCCUGCCACACCACUUUCUGCUGCUUUGGGUCCUGCCGCACAGGCCACUGUCCCCAUAACCACACCUGUACCAAGUACGCCAGCAAGUGCAUAUGGUGACCAAUUUUUCAAGGGAGAUGUGUUUCAGCGUGCUGACAGUCUGCUAAACAUGCAACAGGCGGGCAGCAUGAACUUUUUUGCCAGAAGAUGA